CCUCCAUUGCUAGUAUAGUGUCUGAACGGAUCAAUAUCUUUGAUCAGAUCAGCACUAUACCAGCGUUCACAUUACAAGUGCAGUGUCAGUAGCAGGAGCGGACUGACAACUCAUGGGGCCCCCGGGCAAUAGGGGAUCAUGGGGCCCCUGUGUCCUCACCCACACUCAAAAAAGCCUAUGAAAAAUGUACCAGGGGCAUCUCAUGGGGCCCCUACUGACCCCGGGCCCUCGGGCAGUGCCAAGUUUCCAAAUGGUCAGUCGGUCACU